AUGACCCUGGGCAGCUGCUGCUGCGAGAUCAUGUCCUCCGAGAGCUCCCCGGCCGCGCUGUCCGAGGCCGACGCAGACAUAGACGUAGUGGGCGGCGGCAGCGGUGGGGGGGAGCUCCCAGCCCGCUCCGGGCCCCGAGCCCCCCGGGACGUGCUCCCCCACGGCCACGAGCCUCCCCCGGAGGAAGCCGAGGCAGACGUAGCAGAGGACGAGGAGGAGUCGGGUGGCUGCUCGGAGGGCGAGCCUCGCGCUCUAGCGCCCCGGGGGGCGGCGGUUGCCGCGGGAAGCCCAGGGCCAGGCUCGGCGGCAGCCCGAGGCGCGGCGGGGCCCGGGCCAGGACCGCCGUCGGGGGGCGCGGCGACGCGGAGCCCGCUAGUGAAGCCGCCCUACUCAUACAUCGCGCUCAUCACCAUGGCCAUCCUGCAGAGCCCCAAGAAGCGCCUGACGCUGAGCGAGAUCUGUGAGUUCAUCAGCGGCCGCUUCCCCUACUACCGGGAGAAGUUCCCCGCCUGGCAGAACAGCAUCCGCCACAACCUCUCGCUCAACGACUGCUUCGUCAAGAUCCCCCGUGAGCCGGGCAACCCGGGCAAGGGCAACUACUGGACGCUCGACCCGGAGUCGGCCGACAUGUUCGACAACGGCAGCUUCCUGCGGCGCCGCAAGCGCUUCAAGCGGCAGCCGCUACCGCCGCCGCAUCCACACCCGCACCCGCACCCAGAGUUGUUGUUGCGUGGCGGGGCCGCGGCAGCGGGGGACCCCGGCGCCUUCCUGCCCGGCUUCGCUGCUUACGGAGCCUACGGCUACGGCUACGGGCUGGCGCUCCCGGCCUACGGCGCGCCCCCGCCGGGGCCAGCCCCGCAUCCGCAUCCACACCCGCACGCCUUCGCUUUCGCCGCUGCAGCCGCCGCUGCCCCUUGCCAGCUGUCGGUUCCUCCAGGCCGCGCAGCUGCACCUCCACCCGGACCUCCGACGGCCUCGGUGUUCGCGGGCGCAGCAUCGGCCCCAGCCCCUGCGCCUGCCCCAGGGUCGGGCCCGGGCCCCGCGGGCCUGCCAGCCUUCCUGGGCGCAGAGCUGGGCUGCGCCAAAACCUUCUACCCCGCGUCCCUGAGCCCUCCUGCGGCUGGCACAGCGGCCAGUCUGUCCACUGCACUUCUGCGCCAGGGCCUCAAGACGGACGCGGGCAGUGGUGCAGGCGGCGGGGGCGCCGGGGCAGGGCAGAGGCCUUCCUUCUCUAUAGACCACAUUAUGGGCCACGGUGGCGGCGGGGCAGCAACCCCGGGCGGUGGCGAGGGCUCCCCGGGACCGCCGUUCGCGGCAGCCGCUGGUCCCGGGGGUCAAGCCCAGGUCUUGGCCAUGCUGACUGCCCCGGCCCUGGCUCCAGUAGCCGGCCACAUUCGCCUGUCGCACCCCGGGGAUGCGCUCCUGUCGUCAGGGUCCCCGUUUGCCAGCAAAGUCGCCGGCCUCAGUGGCUGCCACUUCUGA